AUGGCAUCUCCAAUAGCGGCAGAUUCCUUUUUACUGUGGGAUCCUGCGCAAGUAUCAAACUAUAUCUCAGGUAUCGAUCGUAAAAUAGGGACAUUGUUUCUAGAUCAUAAUCUUGAUGGACUGUUGUUGCCACAUCUUACCACUGAACAUCUCCGAGAGUUGGGGAUUGAGAAGCUUAGCCUCCGUCUUCAAAUUAAAAAAGCUAUUGCAGAUCUCGUUUAUUCCCAUAGUCUGAAACCUGAAUCCAAUACCAAUCUAAAUAUUCCAUAUGCAAACAUCAACAACAAUUAUAUUCAUAUCGAGUCGCUCACUGUUGCAUUAACUUUACUUCGUGAAAGUUUCAAAAAGGCAUCUGAACAUCAAUUACUGCUGCAACUGCUGGUACUGCUGCAAUCCACAUCAUCGCCUUCAUCACCAACUCAACAACAACUUGAUAUUCGUAAAUUAAAUGAAAACUUUAACAAACUCAAAUCGGAGCUUAUUCCGGCUAUGAGACUUCUUAAAGAGUCUAAACCAUUACCUACACCAACUUUGGAUCCUGGGUCUACAAUUGGUAAAAGCCUAGACUCCCCAACUUUUUCAAUUCUGAGUUCAAAUACAUUUACAGAUGUAAAUGCGGAGAAUUCAAAGCCUGCUGGUACUUCUACCAGAAGAAACAGUUUGGUAGCUUCUACGCAAAAUAGAAACUCAAGUAUGCCUAGUCCUACAUUCUCUACUAAUAGAUUUUCGUCUGGAUCGCUAUUAUCUAUGGGAACAGGGAAAAUAAUCCAACAAUCAGUAGUUACUACUGAAAAUUCCCGGGCACCAAAUUUCACACUUCAAAAAAUCUCUCAUAGAGAUAGAAAUCAAGGACAAGGUCAAGUAUCACAAAGGCCACGAUUAGUUGAAACUGUAUCAGCCAAUUCAAUUAAUAAUAACCCUACAAAGCCAGGUAUACGACCACACCUAACGCUGGCAUCUGCAUCAUCGUCAUCGACAGCAACAUCGGGUAUGAACUCUCUGGUACCUCCACCUCCACCAUCUUCGUCUUCAUCAUCUCAACCUACAAACAACGAACCUUUAAAGCAGCUUAGAGCUUCUUCAGAAGAUUCCUGUCUUAAAGUCUUACAGCAAGCAAUGAAACGUCAUCACAUUCCUCGUGACGAUUGGCUGAAGUACGUUCUUGUGAUUUGUUACGGAGAUAAAGAAAGAAUACUUAAGCUUGCUGAAAAGCCUGUCAUUAUAUUUAAAGAAUUACAAGAACUUGGGAAACAUCCUGCGAUCAUGCUUCGACAAUUGGCUACUACUAAGGAAGAAGAGGACGACGUACUAUAUGAAGACCUGAGAAUUGGAGACGAUAUUCCGGGAGGAACUUUAUAG